CUUUGAUUUUUUUUUAUAUUGAUCAUAGUUGAUGUAAGUCUAUACUAGCUUGACCUCACAGAGGCCCCUAUCUUUUCUCAUCAAUCUCCAAUUGUUUCUUUUCCUUUUUGGAAACUCUCAGUAUUUAAUCUCUUAAUAAUUGGAAGAGUUUGGAAAAUCUGUGACAGACCCUUUUGAAUUUGGCGACCCAAUUAUGUCCCAAAUCAAUUGGGUCUUCAGAGUUUUUCGUCUAUGAUUCGGUGGAGGCCAGACUUCGAGAUGAACCCAUUUCGGUUUCAGGUUUGAAUCUCGUGUUUUGUUUAAUGAUUGCAAGCUUGAUGAGGUUCUUUCGUUAGUUCUUUUUGAUUCCCAAGUUUAAGAUUCAGAAUUGUGUGUGUGCAGUGAAUUUGAAAUGUUUGGACUUGUGUAAGCUUAGAUUUUGAACACUCAUACCAAAGAUCCGUCAAAAUUUAUUAGUUGAAACCAUUAUGUCGUUAGAACCUUAUGGCUCGACCUUGCUCGCGGCUCUGCCUGAUGAUGUGUUUUCAGUUGUUACUCGGUCACUCUCGCCGAUAGAUAUAUGUAAUCUUGCUCUUUGUUGCCGGAGUCUACACGGCCUUGUGGCCUCGGAGAAAAUCUGGCUUACUCAGUGUGACAUGGUAGGAAUUGUGCCGCAUCACGAGCUCAUUCAAUGGCGAAAUGCUGUGUCAUCUUACAAAGCAAUUUGUCGUUUUCUCUUUACUGUUCGACCCUUGAUGGGAAUUUGGGUUCACCAGAAUCCUGAGCUCGGAAAUGUUGUUUAUGUCAUGCCUGGUUUCGUUUCUGUUGUUGGGUGUCGCAUAAUACCCCAGGAACUUGGUCCACUAGGCAUUGAAGAUGGCCCUAUUUUAUGGGCUCCUGUGUUUGAGAUUUUUUGUGACUGUGAUGGUGGCACAGCGUUUUUCCUUCAUGGGAGGGAUAAGGGGAAUGACUAUUUGUAUCCUGGUUCGGUUAAGUCUAUUGACUUGCAUUGCAAUGUGCUGUUGCUUGAGGUUGAGCCUAGACAACGUAAAAACGUGGUUAAAUUGUUGCAAAGUAGGAGUUUUGUUCAUUAUUCAGACAAGGAAGUUUCAAGAGAGGUUAGUAGAUCAAGUAGUGGACUGUCAAGGUCACAAAGGGCGUAUAGUCAGUGUGAUGCAUCUGUGGCUUUCAGUCGUUUGGGUUUUAGUGAUAGAAGAAGGUUGCUUGAGGUUGUUACUGGCCAUAUUGAUCUGAAGGUGCCUGAUCCAGCAAUUGGGCCACUGUUUCCUUCGAUGAGAACUGACGAGGAUAGCAUUUCUAAAGAUAUGGCGCUCUUAAGUGAACGAAGAUCAGUACUGGUUCAAAAGCAUAAACUCGGUAAAACUCACGUUGAUUGGAAGUCGAGUACCCAGCUGCCGUCUGAUCCAACCCAGUUAGAAUUGAGUGAUAUCAAAAGGACUCUUGAACUAUCAAGUGGUCUUCAUUAUUCUACCAGUGAAGAUGAUGGCCAUACACAAGGCAAUAAGAAGAAAACUCUUGGCAAGUAUUUUAGGAAUAGCCUUAAUCAGAUCCUUGGGAAGUCUAAUGGUGGUCUUGCAACUUCAAAGAAUGGUUCUUCAAGCAGUGACAAUAAGCAUGCCCAGCUUUCUGAAUUUCUGAGUUCAGGCGAUACAAUAGGGCUAACAUUAAGUGCCUCUACCAUGAAGUUAUCUUCUUAUAGAGCAUGGCCAAAUAUGCAUGACAGUCGGUUUGCCCUUUACAAGUUGCCAUUGCGCAUUCCAACCGCUGAUGAAGAGUAUGCAGGUCUUUGGGGAGGAACUUUUGGCUGGCCUCCUGGAAAGCCUACUGAGGACAAGCCUGGGAAGGCUUUGUUCUUUCUUUUGCUUUCAUACGAGGAGUACGAAGGAAAGAGGCUGCUCAUUGCAACCAAAAUAUUGGAAGGAACUCAUUAUGUUUUGCACCCUAAUGGCUCGGCAAUGUUUAUGGUGAACAUUGAUGAUGUUUCACCAGAUCCUUUUCCAUGGGAUGUUGAUGCUGAUUCACUUCCUCUGAAUGUGAAACAUGCUUUUACUGGGGAGGGCAUUGCAAAUGGGUAUGGUUUCAGAUAUCCAGGAUCCAAACCUGGUUCUCUCUUUGCAUUUGAAAAUGGUCAUCUUGCCUUCAUUUGGAAGGAGUCCAGGUCUGUCUUAACCCUGCAAAGGCUUAACUUACGGGAGCUUCUAAAAAAAGGUGAACAAGUGCCUGCUCUUCCCCCAAUUGCAAACUUUUCAUAUUUGACCAAGUCUUACUCGAAUGUUUUCGCUGGUUUCCCAAAUUCCGGACAUUCUUUGUCUUCACCAAGGCAAAGACGUUAAUCAGACAAUUCUUGGGGAACUCUCUUUGUUUACACAACAUUGUUCGUUUCAGUCAGUUUUUGGAGCCAUGAUGAUGGUGAUAAGAACAGGUCAUGAGCAUCAUCUUGUUUAGAAGGAUUCUAAUAAAGUUUGAAACAGUACAGAAGAGUUGAAGCAUUGUAAGGUAAAAGAGUAAUAAAGUUUUGAAAUUAAAGCAUAUCUAAAUGGCUCAUAGUUUCCUCCUAUCUUUCCCCUUAAUCUUCUGUAACAUUACAUAUAUUUUUUUUAUAGUUGUUCCCUUGGUUGUAGAAUUUUAAGGGUGUGAAGUUGUAAUUUUAUGAUAAUUGAAAUCCCAACAGAUCAAUAAAAUAGAGUAUUGGGGUAUUAUAGCAAGAAAGGUAAGCUAUGUGGAGUUGGACGAUGUGUGGAUUUUUCUGAAUUUGAAUAAUGACUACAAGAUAUUUGUAGAAGAAA